GUGCACUCUUUUGCUCCAUGACGCUUAUCCCAUCCCAUCACCAACCAGCGGAUCCCUCGCCAGGCUGUAUGUCCGAGUUGCAUUAGCUGGGCCGGAAGAGCCAAUAGCAUGGCCCGUAAUGGUAAGGUCGCCGGAGCCCAGCUGGUCUGGAGCUGCAGGUGGAAAAAAAUGAUUGAAAAGAGCUGAGGCAGCGUCGCCAACGGCUCCGUCUCUUGCUCGUUUCUUUUCGUUCUUUAGCCGUUGCUGCCAAUUCAUCAUCGUCUCUUUUGCUUCUCAGCUUCAAGCAAUCAUGAUCGCAAAGACCGCCUCCGCCAUUGCUGCUGGCUUCGUCCUGGCCUCUGUCGCCCAGGCCAAGCCCACCGUCGACACCAGCUCGCCUUACACUGGCCCCAAGACUCCCGUUGGUGAUUGGGUCAACCAGGACGUCAAGGGCAAUGGAAAAGGUUACCCUCGUCUUUCUGAGCCUCCCGCCGUCAAGCCUGCCACCGCCAACCCUACCAACAAUAUCAACGUCAUCUCCAUUGCGUAUGCCGGCGCUGAUGGUGUCAACAUCCACUACCAGACUCCCUUUGGCUUGACUGAGGAGCCUACCGUCCAGUGGGGUUCUGACUCUGCCAAGCUCGACAAGAAGGCCACUGGUGCUUCUCACUCCUACGACCGUACGCCUCCUUGCUCCGAGGCCCCUGUCACCCAGUGCUCCCAGCACUUCCACGAGGUCCAGAUCCGCGGCCUCAAGCAGGACACCACCUACUACUAUAAGAUCCAGGCCUCCAACGGCACCACUGCCUCCGAUGUCCUCAAGUUCACAACUGCCCGUGCUGCUGGUGACAAGAAGGGCUUCUCUGUCGCUGUUCUCAACGACAUGGGCUACACCAACGCUGGCGGUACCUUCAACCAGCUCACCAAGGCCAUUGAUAACGGUGUUGCCUUUGCCUGGCACGGUGGUGACAUCUCCUACGCCGAUGACUGGUACUCUGGUCUCCUUCCUUGCGAGGACAGCUGGCCCGUCUGCUACAACGGCUCCAGCACCCGCCUGCCCGGCGGCAAGACCCCCGAGUACGAUGUCCCUCUGCCCGCUGGCGAGGUUGCUAGCCAGGGUGGUCCCCGUGGUGGUGACAUGAGCGUCAUCUACGAGUCCAACUGGGAUCUCUGGCAACAGUGGAUGACCAACAUCUCUUCCAAGGUCCCCUACAUGGUUCUUCCCGGUAACCACGAGGCUGCUUGUGCCGAGUUCGACUACCCCGACAACCCUCUCGCCACCUACCUCAACCUCAACAAGACCAACAGCACCUCCACCUCCAAGCUCAAUUACUUCAGCUGCCCUCCUUCCCAGCGCAACUACACUGCUUACCAGAACCGUUUCCGCAUGCCUGGUGCCGAGUCCAAGGGUGUCUCCAACUUCUGGUACUCCUUCGACUACGGUCUGGCUCACUUCAUCGCAUUCAACGGUGAGACUGAUUACCCCAACUCCCCCGAGGCUCCUUUUGCCAAGCACCUCAAGAAGGGUGAGAACAAGAUCUCCCCCAACCAAACCUUCUCUACCGACUCUGGCCCCUUUGGCGCCGUCACUGGCGACAUUAACGUCAAGGAGUCUUACGAGCAGUACAAGUGGCUCCAGGAUGAUCUUGCCAAGGUUGACCGCAAGAAGACCCCCUGGGUUAUCGCCAUGAGCCACCGCCCCAUGUACUCUUCCCAGGUUUCUAGCUAUCAGAACAGCAUGCGCGCUGCUUUCGAGGAGCUCUUCCUCAAGAACGGUGUCGAUGCCUACCUCUCUGGCCACAUCCACUGGUACGAGCGUAUCUUCCCCAUUGGCCACAACGGUACCGUCGACAUGAGCUCCGUCGUCAACAACAACACCUACUGGACCAACCCUGGCCAGUCCAUGACUCACAUCAUCAACGGUAUGGCUGGUAACAUUGAGUCUCACGCCACCCUCGCCCCUGGCAAGAACAUUCUCAACAUCUCUGCCGUCCUCGACUGGAGCCACUACGGUUUCUCCAAGCUCAACGUCGUCAACGAGACUGUCCUGACCUGGAACUUCAUCAAGGGCUCUGACGGCACCAGCGGCGAUGACUUCACCCUCAUCAAGCGCCCUACUGAUGCCCCCAGCAGUGUCGUCCCCCACAAGACUGUUACCGAGACCGUCACUGCUUACACCACCUACUGCCCUAUCCCCACCACCUUUGUCCAGAACUCCAAGACUUACACCGUCACCGAGCCCACGACCUUGACCAUCACCGACUGCCCUUGCACCAUCGUCAAGACUCUGCCCGCUGGCAACGGUACCGCUAUUGCCACCCCCACUGGCCCUAACGGCGGCUCCAACAACGGUGGUAAGACCACUGGCGCCACUCCUUCUGGUCCCAGCAAGACCCCUGGUACCUCUACUGCCGGUGCCACCACCCUCGGCGUCUCUGCCGUUGCUGGUCUCGUUGCUGCCAUGGCUCUUGUUGCCCAGCUCUAAACGUUUAAAUUGCACGAGAAGCUCAGAGUGGAUGAAUUUUGUAUUGAAUGUAGCAGGGGAAUUACGAGUUACACAUACUAGACAAAUGUAUAGACAAAUAAUGUAAAGAAAGAGUGUCCCAAUUGAAUUAAUUACUCGUGUUCCUUACUGUGAAAAAUGGUAUAUAUGGAAUCCUCCACUGUUUACAAAACGUAUCGAAAUUUUGGUCCAAAAUUCUCGAGUCCCUCGCUCUCUAGCUGGUCUUCCUCCGUCAACCGUCCAUACCUUGCGUCCAGCUUUUUAUUCUCACGGGCCAGGAGAGUCCUCAGAAGGAGCGCCAUUAGCGUGGUAAAGAACAUAAAAGCGGCACAGAUACUAUGUCCCUUUGUAUAAUCUGGUCCUUCGUUGAGCGGAUACAGUCUGGUGCCUAACAGUGGCCCGCACUGUCCAAUGAGGUUGAGGAGCACGAUACCCGCGCCGCGACGAUCAUCAUUGCCCUGGUUGUUUAGAACCCACGGCAACACAUUGCCAAUACUAGGGAAGACGCCACCAGCUGCAAGAAAAACGCCGGCGUAACGUACACCAGUAGACUUACCCACAGCAAGCAUAAUGUAUCCGGCGCCGCCAAGGAUGGAUGUGCAGAUGAUGGUCAGACCGCGCUGCUGGGUGCGAUCCGCAAUGAUACAUGUAAAGAUUGUAACUAUGAAAGCUAGCAGAUACGGUGGCGCAGAGAGGCCUUGCGCAUCUAGACCGGAGAAGC